AUGAUUAGGGCCGAAGUAGAGCGUCUUAAACGCGGCUCCAGACUGGGGGCAAAGGCACACACUGAAGUGUUAACCCAGCGAGUCAGAAACUCUUUAGCGGCACCAGAUGUCACAAAUACACCAGUGACAUUGGCUUUAUCGCUGUCAGGCGUGCAUCAGGAUACAACAGGAAUCAUUAGGAAACAUCAACUAGACACAGACACUGAGGCAAAGACUUUAUUGCCCUCUGCAUCUCAGUACCAUGAAUUGGGGUGUUCAGAAGGCUCAAUCAGCUCCGUAUCAACUAACAGCGAGACAUUGGAACUCUUUAGUCUCCACAGUUGCGUUGGUUCCAACGUCGGAGACGGUGCCACUCCAAUACUGAUGCAAAUAGGCUCUCCAGAGGUCAUGAAUUUCUGCUCUAAUAGCGGGGAAGAGUCUGUGGUCUCUUUAUGCAAUGAGCGGAGCGUGCAGGCGGUAUUACCUGAAAGGAAUCAGAUGUCAAUUAAUCUUGAAUGGCGCACCGAUAGAAGAAUUGUUGGAUUUUGCGAUAAUAAAUUUAUCGGGGAACUGGAACACAACUUUGUAUACGGCGUUCCAGAAGGUAACAUGCCGGGUUUCCUUGUGUCACGUGCAUCCGUCUCUCCUUCUUCCCCUUCCAACCCAAUCAGCUCAAUAUUGGAUACAGUUCAGGAACGGAUGAUGUUGGGUGAGUUGCUUAGCGAGAGUGGGCAUCACAUCCAUCAUCAUGUGAUUGUCUGCGACGCCAAACGUCACGCUCGCUUUGCCCUGCGGAAAAGUAGACUGCAUCGUUCUGUGCAGGUGUUUCAGUUUGUGGGUGACGCAAAUGUCGUCACAGACAGCCUGACACGCCACACUGUUGUGGGCAAAAGAGUAAAGUUUGCGGUGUGCGUGCCGCAUCGCAAUGCCAGGAAAGACUCAACGGCGUGGGUGAUGAACGCAGAGAAAGCAACUGCAAAGAGCGAGGACGGCAACAUGCAGCAGCAACGAACUUCACGAUGUUUAGCGGAAAAACGGGGACAUACACUCACGGCGUAUGGCGUACUUGCGGAUAUGCCACCCAUUGAUCUCUUCACGCUGCUGAUAGGCGUCUGCGGCAUGUGGCAGACAGAUUUUCGCCCGGCAAAAGGGCUCGGUUGGAUGGCGAUGAAAACGCGUUUUUGA